UUCUUCUCCUUCCACUCUCUAUUCCUCUUCUUCCCCAUUGGAUUCUUGUCAAAAAUGCUCAAAGUUUGGCGAAAAUUUAAUCCGUUGUAAUUAUUGUCAAAAAGUUCAACAUGUAGAAUGUUGUAGUAAAGAUGAAAAAUCUUCAAUUGAUACCGUGAACGAUCGUUGGACUUGUGUAGAUUGUAAAGAUUCUGCUACCGUUAAACGAAAGUAUUACCCUGAUAAAAGAUCUAGUUCCAAUGGUCCUUCUUUAACCUUAAUUGGAAAUUAUAAACGCAUCAAGACAAAUGAUAAAAACUCUUUAAAAGACAAUUCUUCUCUAUAUAAUAUUACUACUCAUAAUCUUGAUAACGGUGGUGUUUUGUCUCCUCAACUUACUCCACAACAAUUAAAAUCAACAAAUGGUGCUUCUCAAAAUAAUAUUGAUGAUAUGACGGAUCGUUAUGCAAUGCCACAUACUCCAAUGUCUGACGAUGAUAAAAUUACUAGUGAUGAUAACGAUAGUAGCUUUAGUAGUGAUUUAGAAAUCGACGAUGAAAAUCAUAAAGAUGAUUUAACACCUGGAACUUUUGAUCGAACUCCUCCACCUGAUAAUGGUCCAGAGGCAUCCAGACAACCUGCUCGUUUCGAUGGUGACAUGUAUCAUUUGAAUUAUCAACAUGGGAUCUCUUCAAUUACUGGCCGACCAUUUUCUCAACCAAUUGCUGAACGACUCAAUAAGAAAUCUGGUAUGAAAGAGGCUUUAUGCCAUAAAUGUAAUAAAUGGAUUUUGAAUCAAUCACCAAGAGAUAAAGAUGUAUUGGUUCCCGAAAUUUAUUGGUACAAACAUGCCCAAAAAUGUCAUCAUACACCUUGA